AUGGCGGCGUCCAGGGGCUGGGCCGUUUCAACCCUGGCCCUUUGGGCCUUGCUCCUUAUUAUCUUCUCAGUCCACUCAUCCACGGCUGCAAAGUCUCAUCGGGCCGCCUGUGCCACUUGCCGGAGGCUAACAUCUGAUCUCGCCGCGCACAUGCUCAAAACUGCCGAUUCAAACUUUGGCGGGGGUAACAGCGCAUGGGAAGCUCGCUCUCUAGGAUCUUGGGCCAAAAGCGAGACACGGUUUGAAGAGGUCCUGGAGCACGCCUGCUCCUCCGGCGACUACAAGUGCCACACCAUGCUGGAAAAGCACGAAGACUUUCUUGGCGACUGGUGGCGCGAGCGAAACGCGAGCAAGGACGCCCAGGCUGACAAAAUGCUCGAGCGCCUUCUCUGCAUCGAUGAGCUCAAGGUCCGGUACCCCAUGAGCAACGAGAUUUUGCACACAUACAGCUUGGGCCUGUUGGCAAAGAACUCGCCCGCCUCCAAAUUUAACGGCCAUGCCUUGCCUUGCCUUGCUUGUCAUGACCAUGCCUUGCCUGGUUUAGGCCUGCCACGUUUUGCCGAAACACCGCCGGACACUACGAAUGUGCUGCAUGCCACGCCAACUGCCAUUCCGAACACGGCUGCCGUGGGCCCUCGGCUGCUGAUUGCGAAGCGUGUGCCGAAAACUUUGGGCGUGUUGAAGAAAAUCAAGCAUGUGAGCCCGUAG